AUGAAAGUGCAACCUGAUGUUUCUUUGGAAAGUCAAGGUUUGAUGUUAUUUAAGAAAAGGAUAGUUGUGCCUAAGGGUCAGAUGGUGGAUGAGGUAUUAACUGAAGCUCAUAAGGGUCAGUAUACUAUUCAUCCUGGUGCGAUUAAGAUGUACCAAUACCUGAUAAAGAAUUUCUGGUGGUCUUGUAUGAAGAAGGAUAUUGCUAAGUUUGUGAAUAUGUGUCUAGUAUGUCAGAAGGUAAAGAUCAAACAUCAGAGGCCUUCUGGUUUACUUCAAUCUCUUGAUAUUCCUGAAUGGAAAUGGGUUAUGAAAAUUAGUUUCUCUGCUGAGCAGUUGGCUUGUUUGUAUGUUAAGGAAACAGUGAAACUUCAUGGGGUCCUGGAAACCAUUAUUAGUGAUCGAGAUCCGAAGUUUACUUCUCGUUUUUGGAAUGCUUUGUAG